GGCGAGUCGGGGCCGUUGGCUCGGCGGUGAUUGGCAGGCGGCGCUGGGUGGCUCCUUCCCUUCCCUCGACUCGGCGUUAAAGCGGCCGCCAUUGUCGGAUCAGCCAGCAGCUGGAGGAGGAAGCAGAGUCAGAGAGCGGCAAGCGGCGAAUAUGGAAUCAAAGCCACCAAGAAUUCCAAGGAGGAUAUCCACUCAGCCAUCCAGUUCUCAAAGUGCUAGGACAGGAGCAGGAAAUGGAGGAACCAGUUUAACUGACUCAUAUCUUACAAGAGAAUCUUCACUGAGAUUGGAACCUGGAUGCCAAGAUUCUACUCGGUUGCAUAGUUCCAGUAGAGACUGGGCAAUUGGAGAAAGAGAAGCAUAUGAAAGCCCCUGGAAGCUUCCAGCUUCAUCUCCAACUCGCUACUCAGGAACACUUGAUCGUCCAUGGUCUGGAAGAUUGUUGGGAAGCAGAAACAGACUGUCUACAUCUUCAUCUUCACCUCUUACAUCUUCUUGGUUUGGCGAAUCUGAAAGAACUCAGGGAUCAUAUUCUUCAAGACUGCAUAGCCAGCAACAGGAUACUGAUUCUAAGAGACCUAAACUUUCUUAUACAUCUACCUCUAGUGUGAGAAAUAAUGGUUUAAACACAGUUUCAGAUUCCCCAUGGAGAUAUAGCGAUGUACCCAGAUCUUCAUCCAUGGUACUUGGAUCAUUAGGAACUGAACUUGCAAGAGAGAGGAGAGAGCUGGAAAGAACAGAACCAUCUAUUAGCAGUCUUGUGGACUGUAGUCACAGAAAUGGUGACUUCUCAUCUUCAUCAUAUCUUCAGGAAAGAUAUCCUGCUUCGUAUGCACAGGGAGCAAGACCAAAAGAGAACUCACUGAGCUCUUUGAGGCUGAACACAUCCAUGAACCGCCAGUUGCCUUCUGAACAUCAGUCAUCAUUACUCUCUAGAGACCAUAGCUGGAAUUCAAGAUCUAACUAUGUCCCAAGAGAAGUAGAAUCUUCUGAAAGAAAUAUACAACCAGAGUUUACCCUUGGUGCCAUGAGAAGUGGAAGCGGUUCCUCAAACAGUUCCGAAAGAGUUAUGCCAUCCCAAAGGUCACUGAGUGAGCCUCCUGCAGAUACUGAAGGAAGGCGAACAACAAGACAACUGUUGUCUCGUUUAGCUUCUAGUAUGUCAUCAACAUUUUUCUCAAGAAGGUCUAGUCAGGACUCAUUGACUUCAAGACCAAUAGGUUCUGAAGAUUCAACUGUUCCAAGAGCUCAUUCUUCUACCCAAGCUAGUGCUACUAACACAGCUACAACUUCUGAAGGCACAGAAGGGCAGACUCCUGAUGUUUCUCAGGGAUUUAGCUUUCUUAGAAGACGAUGGGGCCUGUCGGGUGUUUCAUCAAAUCCUAGUUCUGAUUCAGAAGCUGAAAGUUACAGACCUGAUUCUGAAAGUAGAAAUUCAGGUUCUUGGCUAUCAUCUUCCCUGAGGAACAGGUGCACACCUUUGUUUUCCAGAAGACGAAGAGAAGGAAGAGAUGAAACUGCAAGAACCUCUACCUCUGAAACACCAGCUAGAUCACUGCAUCUUUUCAGAAGAAGAGAACCUGGUGGGGAGGUAUCUCUUGAAGCACAAAGUGAAUCCCUCAGGCCUGCUACCAGGCCACCAACACCUGCAGUACCUAAUGGUGCUACAUCUGUUGCCUCUGGGCCAGAUUCAGUGCAUGGAAGAAUAAAUUCAGGAAUAUCAGGAAUGUUUCCUGGUUCUCUCUUCCGGUUUGCAGUGCCCCCAACCCUGGGGAGUAAUUUGUCUGACAAUGUUAUGAUAACUGUCGAUAUUAUUCCUUCAAGCUGGAAUCAGCCUGAUGGACAAGAUAAUGACAAGUCAAAAAUACCAUCCUCGAGAGACCCUGAAAGGCUUCAAAAAAUUAAAGAGAGCCUCCUUUCCGAGGACUCUGAAGAGGAGGAGGGAGACUUGUGUAGAAUUUGUCAGAUGUCAUCUACUUCUGCUACUAACGUCUUAAUAGAGCCAUGUAAAUGCACUGGAAGUCUGCGCUAUGUUCACCAGGAGUGUAUGAAAAAGUGGCUACAAUCCAAGAUUAACUCAGGUUCUUCACUGGUAGCAGUAACUACUUGUGAGCUGUGCAAAGAGAAGCUGCACCUCAAUCUUGACAAUUUUGAUAUCCAUGAGCUUCAUAGAGCACAUGCAAAUGAACAAGCAGACUAUGAAUUUAUCAGUUCUGGGCUUUACCUUGUAGUAUUGUUGCACUUGUGUGAACAGCGCUUUUCAGAUAUGCUGGGAACUACAAGUGAGGCCAACACACGUGUCCGGUUUAUUAAUCUUGCAAGGACUCUUCAGGCACACAUGGAUGAUAUUGAAAGUAGGUGGCUUCUGCUUGUUUUAGUUUCAUUUCGUUAUCUUGAGAUGUAUAAUGCUAAGUACUUGGGCUGAUGUGCAAUUUUCACGCAGCUGUGAUGACUAGUAUACCUAAUAAAACCAAAAGGGAGAACAGUCCAUUAAAAGCACUCAUUCUUGACUGGAUUGGUCCCUUAGCAAGACCAGUCUGAAUGAAGACAAACCUCUUACCGUCUCAAUCUGACUUUCAGGUGGACGUUAGGAAUUUGUCUAGCUGUCUCCUAAGAACAAUGUCUGCCUCCGAAUAAUGUGAUCAGGUUCUCAAGAGUGUGUACUUUUAUAAUGACAUCUUAAGUAACUUGUAGAGAAGUGUCCUUUAGAGGUAACUAUGUUUUAGGGAAGGGAUGCUGCUUUGUAGGUGAUGACUAACUUAGUCAUGUAUUUGACUUUCUGCUUCCAUUUUGGACAGACUAUGCAUUAGCCAAUUAUACCACUGGUAGAAUAUCUGUAACUUACAUUGCAUGUUCCUAGGAUGGUACAUUACAGUAAUCAGUCUCUAGUAUGUAUCUAUGGUGAAGUGUUAGCAAGGAGGGCCUGAGAUCUAUAGUUGUUUUGCCAUACAGUCUGUGGUGAACCCAUUAGUGGAUCAGCAAGAGGAAAAAGAGGUGAGCAUUUACAGUUGUUAAACUUGAAGUUAUUAGUAGUUUCUUGUUCCCUGUAAACCCUACAGCUGUACAUUCCCAUGCCCCCUUUUCUCUUCCCAAUGAGUAGGAAUCCCAAUAGUCUUUGAUACCAACUGAAGUUGAAUUAGUCCAAGCUGUGUGCUUCUUUUGGUUCUGUUUGAGCUGAUGAAACCCUGAUUGCAGCAGAAGCCAGGAAUUUGUGAGCUGGCUCGUAGAGCAGAAUGUUUUCUUCGGUGUUUGUGGAGAAACUCUUGUAUUUGUAGAGAGGAGAAAAAUAGUAUUUCCAGGAACCAGCUGCCUUUAUUUUUCUCUUUCUUGAAGGUCUCAUAUGUUCUUAUUUCAGCCCUGCUGCUCUCAUGGAGCAACACUAUCUAUCCUCCUUUAACCAGUCUCCCAAUAGUUGCUAAUAAUUUUGUUGCCCUCUUUAAAUACCAUUUUCUAGUUUGCUGCUCCUACAAGUAUAGCUGUUUGGUAUAAUUUAUUCUACUUAAUGGAUUUUUGCUUCCUUUUCAAUGAAUUUUGGGAAUGUGUAGGCCACUGACACACUUUGGGUGGGAGCAACUGGUUUGGUAGCUAUUUAGAAAAUGUAUUAUACUUUAAACACAAGUGAUUCAGUUAGACUCUUCCCCUAUGAACUGCCCUGGACCCUGCAAUCGUAAUCAGAGGUCCUUCUGCUGCGUGUGCCACCUCCACGAGAGGUCUGGAGGGUGAAACAUGAGAACAGGCCUUUUCUGCAGUGGCUCCCCACUUGUGGAAUGCUCUCCCCAGGGAAGCUCACCUGGCACCUUCGUUACAUAUCUGUAGGCGCCAGGUAAAAACAUUCCUCUUCUCCCAGGCCUUUGGCUAAUUAAAUAAUCUAUGGCCUUUUAAACUGGGGGGGGUAUUGUUUUUGUGUGUUACUAUGGUAUGCAUUUUGAUGAUUUUUUUAUAUUUUAAACGACCCUGUGAUCCUUGGGUGAAGGACAGUAUAGAAAUUUAAUGAAGAAUAAUUGUUUUGUAACUUUUCCUUUCUGAGGGACAUGGAUUUAACCUUUGUGUUUCAGAAUGUCAUUUAUUGUUAACAUAGUGCCUUCCAUGUACAUGUAUAUGUACCUCAAAUGAAAGCAAAAUCACACAGUGCAUCGUACAAAGAGUUAUAUCCAGCAUAAUCAUACUUUGAAUAAAUCCACAUAAAUAAUUGACUUAAAUUAGUGUGUGUUGAUCUUGGUGAGUCUGCUCUGAGUAUGACUUGUAGUUGGAUAGAACUCAUAGACUUCGUAGAAAACUUUGGACUGAAAUGGUUAAAAUAGAAACUAGGCUAUUGUGGUGAUUGGGAAUUUAAUUUCUUCUUAAAUGUUGUUUAAAGGAUACAAUUAAUGGGUACAAAAAAAGUAUGAUGGCCUUAUUUUAACAAGUAAAAAAAUAGGUUACCUUAGGACAUUUCAGAAAUACCUGACUUCUCUGAUCAUUUUCAAUUUUUUCAUCAAUAAAAUGUAAAGCUUUACCCCUACCCACACAUUGGGUUUAAAAUGCAUAUGCUUCAAUUUACUUCAUGGUGCUUAUUAAAUAUUGAUUUCAUUUUAGCAUAAGCACGUGUAGGUGUUUUUCCAUUUUCAGUUCAAGAGAUAAGAUUGGUGUGUGGUUUUCAAUUUAGGAAACAUUCUAUUGGGAAACAAUUAAAAUUACAUAUAUGCUAUGUUAAUCAUGUUCAUGUUCAAAUUAAAAAUGGCUUCCUGUACCUUAAGAGUUGUAGAAAGGUUUUUGAUUGGGUUGUCUACCUUCAGCAGCUUCUGACGAUGAUGAUUCUGAAGAUGGUGAACUCGACAGAACACUUGAUGCUGCAUAAAUGUGAAUGGAAGGACCGGAUGGAUACUCAACUGGCAAAGUACCAUCAAUAUGCAUUUGUUUUGUAAAACACACUGAAUGCUAUUAGAUUUCUGACGCAUUGCUGAAUUCAAAAAUUUGCUGUUGCACAUUGGUAUCGAGAGACCUGCAAGCGUGUUGUUUCUCCUUUGAGAUUAUGACAUGUAUGCCUUCUUCUAAAAUAACAGAUUUUUAUGUGUAAGGCAAAUGAUUUCCUUUUGUAUAAACUUCUUACAAGUAAUCAGUUAAACUUCUGGAAAAUGUUUCUCAACUUUUGCUCUUCUACUGGCUCUAAGUGGUAACAUUAAAGUGUGUUUGCAAGUCAUGGGGAGGAGAUAGUUCUGUGCUGGCUUUCCGUUUUAAAACACCUUUGGGAAGUCUAUUUUAUUUUGCUUCCAGUGUUAACCAAGGUUGAGUGAGGGAAUGAAUGGGUUCUGUGAAGUUUCUAAGUUUUUCUUGAGGAAUGUUUAACUCAAAGCAAUAAAUCUGCAAGGGGCUACUAAUAAGCGUUAAUUAUGGCUUUUAUAAGUAUUGAUUUUGAAACUGCUGAUUAUAUUUGAUAAUAUUGUGUAGACGUUCCAGUAAGGAAUUGCAGCUGUAAACACUUGCAUUUCAGCAUUCCUGGAAGGAAUAAAACUUAUGGUUUAGAAUCUUAACCAAGCUAUUUAUCUUAAUGAACCUUUUUUAGAACCCACAUUCACUGCUGAAGCACUGGUUAUCAAUGUGUUUUCUAGUGUUGUCACUUGUUUGUUAAAUAAAAAUUACAAUGCAUACGAAUAGCCUGCCUUCUUAAAAUACAGUAGAUAAUAGUGUACAACUUGUCUUCUAAAUUGCAGUCUGCAUUUAAGUUCUUUAAAAUUCUGGGGAGAAUUCAGCCUUGUGUUCUUCUGAUACUUGAUAGUUCUGUCUUCACAGGUCUUUCAGCUUGUCAAGACAGAACAUCCUCCGCACCUUCAGGGAGAAAGGAUUGGGAGUAGUGACAUUGUGGGAUGCUGCUCAUUGUGUCACACACCAUGGCCCAUUGGUGUGAAUGAAAUUUAGCACAAUAUGCAGGUAUAUUGUCUAAAAAGCCACAGUUCCAUAAUGCAGCAGGUGUUGCAAUAUGAAAGGAACAUUUGGAAGACAGGAUGGAAGUGCCAGAAUAAAAAUCAAGAAAACUAAUGUAUUCGCCAUAUCUGAAUACAGAGCUAAGAUCACCUUCUGAAACCUUUCAGCAAGGAAGGAGAGGCUGCUAUUUCUAAUCCUUUGCAGAUGUUCUAUAAUGAUAGUAUGGUUGAAGUUUUGAAAGCUAUUGGAUGACCUAAGAACUGUAACCAUAAUCUCUUUCCCCUCCCCCCCCCCAAAUCUUGGCAACUGCUGUAUCCAUUCUGACUCCAGGGAGAUCUCUGUAGAGUGGUGCCUCGCUUAACGAAAUUUCCGCUUAACGAAAGGAUUUUUCGAGCGGAGGUUGGCUCGCUAGACGAAUUCGUUUUACAAAAAAUUCGUCUGCCGAAUCGCGGUUUCCCAUAGGAAUGCAUUGAAAUUCAAUUAAUGCGUUCCUAUGGGCAAAAACAAAUUUUUAAAAAAUUCAAUGCAUUCCUAUGGGAUUCGCUAGACGAAGUUUUCGUUAUAAGAAAAGACCCGUGGGACAAAUUAAAUUCGUCUAGCGAGGCACCAAUGUAGUAGCAUAGAAAGCAGUUGGCAGCGAAGAGAAAUCUAGAUAGCCCUACUGUAAACACAAAAGGUAGUAAACCCAGUUUGAAAAAUGCAAGUCACCAGGAUAAAACCUGAAAUGAUUUUACACUGAUGUUGAUGAACUUUAUAAAACUCACCUUAUGACAUGUUCAGAAUUGAAUUCAUUUUUAAGUAAUGUGUAUUUAGUGCCACCUUUCUAACCAAAAUUGCAUUGCUUUUUCUGGUGACUGGCAUGCAGUUAUUUUACUUCAGCACCUGAAUUAAGAUGCUUAUAGUGCUCAAACCUGCAAUACUGAUUAUUUGCAAUGCUCUUUUGAAAAAAGAAAUUCUCUAUUUACUAUAAGCACCAUAUUCCAACUAGGCAUCUUUGUUUUGUUUUUCCAGGGCUUCCUGAUAGCACAGUUUUCCUAAUUAAUGUCAGGUUUUGUUUAACACU